AUGACUUCAUCAGGCUCAAAUGCUGCCAGAGUCCGCGACAAAUACACUUCGCGAGCGUGCAAUGAAUGUCAACGCCGCAAGAGAAAGUGCAGCGGCGAAAAGGUAUGCCGAAACUGUCGCCAUUGUGGUACUGAAUGCGUCUUUUCAGAGCCACGGGGCACCAGGAGUUCGAGAGCGACGACUUUGCUGCCGCCAAAUGUCACGUCCACCGACUGGGUUAACGUCGACAGUCGAACCAAUCCAGGUCCUGGCCUUCGCACUGCCGCAGCAAGAGACUGUGCCCCAAAGACAGCACAUGUCGCCACACAAGGACACCAGCAGAGCGGCAGGAAUGGACGAAACGAGACAGAGAGAACAACAACACAAUUUCAAGACGACCAACAGGUGACGGGUCAGGUUCCCUCGCCUGCCGCACAUGUGCUUGGUGACAACCAUGAACAGACUCCUCUAAGCACCAUUGACACUGAGACGUCCUCUCCUCGAGAAAGCGUUUUUGAGCGCAACACCAAUUUCAUGACCGGUACCGCUUUCUUCCAGCAGAUCGAUCUCCUUGACCGUUCAGUGACUCGAGCACAUGGGACAGACCUUCUCAAAGUGGAUGGUUUCCUGGAAAGCUCGACCUUUGAACCAAACACUUCGGUGGCCGACAUCUAUCGCGAUAUAGAUCAGACAGUCGAGCAGGCACGGGUUGAUGACGCGACCAAGAUACAUAGGUCACUGGACAUCUUCUUUGCUAAUGUGCAGCCACAUUACCCUUGCAUGAACGAGGGCUACCUGCGUGCCCAAUUCUCCGCAUUUGUUGCGAACGACGCCAAUUGCCUCACCAAGAGCGGCGCGGUGCAACUAGCUGCCCUGCUCCAAUUCAUCAUGGCAGUGGUGAGCAUCUUAUGUGACAGCUCCACGCAGGGCCAAUAUCUCCCCGGCUGGAAAGAGUUCUGUCGCGGAGACAAGCUGCUCAGCCACGCCACCUGGCUGGAGAGAGCCAAUAUUGUGACAAUCCAAACACUGCUUGUGAAAACACUAUAUUUCAUGUAUGCCGGCCUUUUGAACUCGGCCUACGAUACAAUGGGCACGGCAGUGCGGUUAUGUUUCCAGCUGGGCCUACACAAUGAGCCCUCAUGGGGGGAGGAUUGCAAAUUCUACGACAGAACCUACCGCCAGCGAGUUUUCUGGUCGGUCUUCUGUCUUAACCACAAUGUUGCUCAGACGCGUGGUGUUCCUGAGCUGCUCCGAGAAUCAGAUAUCAAUGUUUGCCUGCCCAAGUGCGUCGAUGAUCGCAUGUUGUAUCCGGAUUGUCCCUCGCUGCCUGAGAUGCCCACGACCUCCCCUGUUCCCUAUCUAUUGGAAACAAUCAAGUUGACAAGGCUUUCUUCAGAGGUUUGGGAAGCGAUGUUUGGCGCAAGGGCAAAGAAACCGGUCAGCCAGGACUUCAUUGCUGCCAUGGACAACAAGAUUAUUGAAUUAUCUCAAGAGAUUCCUUCUUCUCUUCGUUGGCCUCAAGCUGCAGGGUCCCAGCACAUGUAUGACGGAGCACCUUCAUUUAUCCAACAGCAGGGAUUCAUUCUGCAUCUGCGGAUUCUAUACCUGCGAAUGCUGUUGCGUCGAGAGGAAAUGAUCAGUCUUACUUAUGGGAGGAAGACUGCACAGCUCUGCAUCAACAUUGCCACCGAGGUCGUUGCUGCCGUCGAGGCGUCAUAUACGGCCCAGAGAUCCAAACGCUGCGAGCGACACGCCUAUCUACAUCAUCUGACUGGUGCAUUGGUCCCGACGAUCUGCAUCAUAGUCAAGCAUAAUAACCCCGACGAUCUGACCAGGCCAGCAAUGAAUCUCCUAAACAAGUCCUUAAAAAUCAUGGAGUCUUUCUCUCAGGGUUCCUUCCUGGCUCGACGGGUCUUGCAGCAAUUGCGUCGCCCUAUCAAGGUGGCCCGCGAUAUUAUCGAGUCUCAGUGGCCUCAGAAUGUCCGAGCUGGCGCAGCGUCGUAUGCAAUCACCACGGUGCCUGGGCUCGCGCAAAAUACGACAUGGAACGACGGCAAUGUCAGUUCCAACAAUGACUGGGAUCUCUCUCUGCCAACCAUUUAUCAAGAUCCCUUUCAGGACGCCUCGCAGAAAACCUCAGACGUGCCUUUCCUGUGGGAUGAUAGCAGCGUGGAUCUUUGGAAUAAUUUCAAUUGGUCAGGGUAA